AUGUCCGAAUCACUCGCCGGUCAUCAACCUCAGUUUGCGGAUGAAUGCGUGAUAGUCGAAGUGUUCUGUCGUGCUCCAGUUUACGACAACAUCUUCUCUUACAUCUCACCUCGCGAGCUUGUGCGCCUUGGGCACAGCUGUCAUGCUGCAUAUGCUGCAUCCAAAGACUACUCUAGGCGCGCUUUCAACAUUAACCGACAUCUUUCUGGCUUCAUCAGCCAACCGCUCCUCUUUCGUAGUUUACAGGCACGUACUGGUACACUUAUUGCAGGCUCAAAUGCACUGCAGUUUCUGGAUAGGACAGUCUAUGAUGAAGCUGACAUGGACAUGUAUGUCCAUCCAGGACAUGCAAGAGAGGUUAUGGACUAUAUUGUGGAAAAGGAAGGCUACGAGUUCAAACCGCAUUCCAGGCAACCCCAAGAUUACCGGAAGAUUGUUUCUGAUAAAUGGGACAACACUCGAAUACGCCAGGACUAUCAAAUCAAAGGAGUCAAAUCAGUAUUAUCACUUGAGAAACAUGGCUCAGAUGGUGGCCACCAGAAGAUUCAGGUGAUAGAAUGCACUAUGAGCCCAUUUGACACCAUCAUCAAUUUUCAUUCCACAUGUGUCAUGAACUUCAUAGCAUUUGAUGCAGCUUAUUCCUUGUAUCCAAUAGCUACCUUUGAAGACCGGAGCACUCUUCAGGUUUGGCGGGCAAGGCCACUACAUGAUGUUAGUGUUGCAAUAAAGUAUGGUCAACGGGGCUUCCAAUGGCUUUCUGCCCUACCUCUUGGGGACACAUCCUUGUCAGCCUCCUUCUAUCCUCAUGUGACCCGUACUGUUGGUGAUCGAUAUACCUGGAAGAUGUCAUUGGACAUUCAAGGAAUUGAUUUGCGACCUCAGAUGAGCUCCUCUUCAACCCUUUUUCAAUUUGACCCAGUCAUAUGUAACAGCUGGUCACUAUUGGAACGUGACGAAGAGAUGGCCACUGUCUAUGAGCCAAUCCAAUCAGCAAUUUUUCGAUAUAACUACACAACUACCAAUGCCCUGCUGCACCUGGAUUUGUGUUGGGUUCAAUUCCUACCAAUUGUACAUUAUAAUAUACCGUACCUCACAGUCUCCCAUGUUCACUGGUACACCAGCAAAGUGGAUGAGACAAGAAAAUACAAGCAAACUUGCGCAGUGCAGAUGAGACACCCAUAUCGGAACAUCUCAUUUGUUAUAGAUUAG